AAAACUUGUUGGUGUUUCUCUGCCCCCCCCCCCGCUCCCCGCUCCUCUUUCAGGCAUUUCUCAAGAUCUCUUGAAAUUUAAAAUUGCGGUGUGAGAAAUACACACCCGGGAAAAAAAUUGCGGGGAGCCCCAUUCCCCAUUGGGAACAUCUGCCGGGGGAAAGGAAACAUUUCUGCCCCUCGAGGUGGAGAACAACCCCCCCACACACACACAAAAAGUGUUGAAAUAUGAUCACUUUUUUGUUCCUUUGGCUUUGUCUUCCUCGAGUGGAAUCCUUGACAUAUCCUGCAGUCAUAUCCCCCCAAGAUCCAACUCUGGUGAUUGGCUCUUCGCUCAUCGCCGCUUGCUCAGUGAACUCUGACUUACACCUGAAAGCAGAGGACCUGUACUGGACUCUGAAUGGCAGACGUCUCCCCCCAGAGUCCUACAAGGUCCUCAAUGGCACCACCCUCAGCGUGGCUCUAGCCAACCUGAACGGGUCCAGGCAGCAGUCAGGAGAUAACCUGGUGUGUCACAGCAGAGACGGCAGCAUCCUGGCUGGCUCCUGUCUUUAUGUGGGAUUGCCACCAGAAAAACCAGUCAACAUAACCUGCUGGUCCAAAAACAUGAAAGACCUCACCUGUAAAUGGGCCCCCGGCACGGAAGGCGAGACCUACCUGCACACCAACUACACCCUCAAAUACAAACUCAGGUGGUACGGCCGGGAUAACACGUGUCAGGAGUAUCGCACUGCAGGGCAGUACUCCUGCCACAUCCCCAAAGACCUGGCCCUCUUCACGCCCUACGAGAUCUGGGUGGAGGCCUCCAACCGGCUUGGCGUGGCUGUCUCCGAAGUCGUCAUGCUCGACAUUCUGGACGUGGUCACCACCGACCCGCCAGCGGACGUCACCGUGAGCCGAGUUGGGGACCUGGAGGACCAGCUGAGCGUUCGCUGGAGCUCCCCGCCUGCGCUGAAGGAUUUCCUGUUUCAAGCCAAGUAUCAGAUCCAGUACCGGGUGGAGGACAGUUCAGAGUGGAAGGUGGUGGACGAUGUAGGGAACCAGACAUCCUGUCGGCUGGCAGGGCUGCGGCCCGGCACCGUGUACUUCGUCCAAGUUCGGUGUAACCCCUUCGGGAUCUACGGCUCCAAAAAGGCUGGGAUCUGGAGUGAUUGGAGCAACCCCACGGCGGCCUCAACCCCUCGCAGUGAUCGGCUCCCGGGCGUGUGCGACCCCAAGAGCGGCGAGCACAACACCACGCUGCGGCGGGAGCUCAAGCAGUUCUUCGGCUGGGUGAAGAAACACGCCUACGGCUGCUCCAACCUCAGCAUCAAGCUCUAUGACCAGUGGCGCGUCUGGCUGCAGAAAUCUCACAAAACACGGAACCAGGUAGGUGCUGCCCGGCGAUAAGCUGUAGCCCCCGCCGCGCUCGGCAGUGGCAGGAGAGCAGAGGGAGCACUGGAAUGGAGCUGCAUGGCACCCGCGUGCGGCUGGACCUCACCCAGCCCUCAGGAUCGGGGGAAGGGCACGGACCCGCCCCCCCCAAUCAUUCUUCUCCAGCAGCGAUAGGAAGAAACAGACUUGGACUUCGAACGCCUCCCCCAGGCACUCCCCUCCCAGCACCCAGCCCUGCUCCUCGCCAGGGGCCCCUGGUGCAGCCUCCCUGUCACUGCUGGGUGGGGUUCCCAGCAUUGCCGAGACACCCCCGAUGGGGAGGGGCCCUCCCAGCACUGGGGGGGGGGCUAUGAGUGCCUACGAAGCACACCCCAAAGUGGGGGGGUAUCAGGCUGCUGUCAGCUGGGCCUCGGCUGCAGGUUGCUCCUGGGGCAGAAUUAAGAGGGGGGAUCAGAAGGGCCUAAUGGGCCUCGGACCAUUCACAGGCAGGGCACUGGUUGACGCCAGUCCUGGUCACUAGCAAGCUACAUCCGCUGCCAUCAGCGGCCCCUGCAUGAAAUGAGUCUGUAGGGUCUCAGCUCCGUCCCCCCGGGAGCAGCGUCCCAGCCCCCCAACCACGGUAACUGGUGCUCACCAGGCUGCACUGUUGGGAGGCUGAGCAUAGAACCAGCUCCCCUCACCCCAAGGGCACUCCCAGGCUGGACGGAGGGGCACCGCUGCUGGGUGGGAAAAACAGCGGGGCCUUUUACCUGCCAGAAAUCCCCCCCCAGGGAAAGUCCAAACAACAGGCAGGAUGCUGCACACGCAGGCCCCUGUGCAUGGCCCUGCCAGCGCACCGGGGUGCCAGGCAGUGCCACCGACUGCAUGGCACCUUUACACUGCCCUCACUGCACCAAAGGGCCCCAGCCGCCAUAAGAAUCCGGCCUGAGGUGCCUCAUGGAAACGACGGCCACCUCCCCCGCUGGGUCCCCUGGGGGCCUGAAGCCCAGCCCAGUCCUGCCCCACCCCGAGGUGUCAGGGAAACUGUCUGUCUUUGUUUUCUGGCUGCACAUUAAACACCAGAGCGCAGAGGCCUCUGCAUUUGAAGCCAGGCCCUUGGUUCUCCGAACAUUGGGCUCCAUCACCCCCAGUGCCUUCAUGGACUCGCUCAUUGCACACUCAGCGUCGCCAGCUUUAGCCAACCCCUACCUCGGUCUGCGCGGGGAGGUGCGCGCCCCUUGGUUUUAUUUAAUAAAGGAAAGAAAAC